GAAUUCAUGAAUUAUGCAACACUAAAGACAAUACUCACAACCAAGAGUCCAAGGGGUAGAAUAGCCUGUUGAGUAGCAAAUGUGAUUACCUACAAGUUUACUGUAGUACAUUGUAGAGGUACUUAUAAUAAGGACGCAGAUGCAUUGGGUUGUGCAUGUUUUACCAGUCUCAACCAGAGCAGCGCUCAAAUAAACAGCCGGACUAUAAGCAGGAAUAUGAUACGAGAGCAGCAAAUGUGCUAUCCGGAGAUCAAACAUCUCCAAACUUUCAAGGAAAACUAAUUCUUCUGGAAAAGGGGCGUGUCCGAUGGGUGAUAACAGCCGCUCUGCCUCGAUUCGAUUCGAAUAAGAUUGCUCACGUAUUGACUCUCAAAGUAGUUCUACUAUACGUGGUACUGAAAAGAUUCCUCACAGACAACGGAACUGACUUUGUCUCAGAGGCAAUGAGAAUAGGCACAACUGUAAUUCAAGAACAACUGUAUCCAAUAGAGAAGAAAGGUUUAUCUCCUACAUACAAUUUGAAUGCUGCAAUUCCACCUUUAGUGCCACGCCCUCGUCCGAGCAUGAUUGCUAUAGAUGUGCGACCUACAUUGAACACUAAACCCAGCAACAGAAAGAGACAACUUGGUCUCGAUAUGUUCACAAUCCAAAAAGUCACACAUUUAUCUGAAGCCAGUCCUAAAUUUUCUCCUAAUUACAUCACCCUGCUACAACAUCUCUUUCGGCACACAUCUUCCAUCCUCACUCGACACUGUACUGUAAUAUACCCAACCCCCGAUAUCCAACUCUCGGAUGAAUUUGUCAUGGUUGACCGCCGUUAUACUGUGAGGGAACAGGCUAUUCCUACUUUCCAUCGGAGCGACACUCGUUACACAAUAGACUAUAGUUUUGGGCAUGUUUCUUUUCGACCUCGCUUGGCUAACACCGGAAUAAUGCAUUUAUCUCCAUGUUGUACUUGCCGCUCAUUCUUAACCGUCGACCUAGCAAUCCAAGACCAUGCCCCUAGUUAUGGCACAUGGCGCUUUAAUUAUUUUCUCUCUCUAAAAUUCCGGAUUUCGACGUCUUCUACGUACUACAUUUGA